AUGCUUCUUCUAACACUAAGCGGAUCUUUGAAAAACCUUCCUAAUGCAAAAAAGGAUGAUGUAUAUUGGUAUGUACCUGUAUUACUUCUGGAAUAUAACCUUUUCAGUGGGUCAAUUCCAAGGUCAUUAUGCAGAAGAACAGAUUUGGAAGGGCUUGAUCUUUCAAGAAACAUGUUAAGUGGGAAAAUUCCCAACUGUAUGGGGAAUCUGCAGGGUUUGGUUAUCAUGAGUAUAAGCUCAAAUCAGCUCUCUGGUGCCAUUCCUAGCUCAAUUGCUCUUAUUUCAUCAUUAUUUUGGUUAAAUUUGAACAAAAAUAACUUUACUGGUGAAGUUCCUCCAGAAUUAGGGAAUCUACAAGGUUUGCUAGUCUUAGAUUUGGGUGACAAUAAAUUAUAUGGAAAUAUACCCAAUUGGAUAGGGAAAAAACUUACAUCUUUGAUAGUUUUGAGUUUACACAAAAACAACUUCACUGGUAGAAUUCCUCCAUCUCUUUGCAAAAAUUCAAAUCUUCAAAUUUUGGAUCUUGCAUACAACAACUUAACCGGAACCAUCCCUCCGUGUGUAGGAAACUUAAAUGGCAUGGUUGUGAGUCACUCGAGAUAUGAGAAUUUAUUAGAUAUCGAUGAUGAUAUGAAUGUGAUUCAGGUCAUGAAAGGUGUUGAUCUUGAAUAUACAACAACUUGGGGUAUGGUUUAUAACAUAGACCUUUCAAGCAAUAAACUUGUGGGAGAAAUACCUGUUGAGCUCACUGCACUUUCCAUGUUGGUGGGUCUGAAUCUGUCUAAUAAUCAUCUGAGAGGGGGUAUUCCAGAGAGCAUUGGAAAGAUGAUGAAUUUGGAAACUCUUGAUUUCUCAAAAAACGAGUUGAGCGGAAGGAUCCCUUCAAGCAUGGCAGCUCUGAACUUUUUGAGCCAUUUGAAUCUGUCACACAACAAUUUGUCGGGUCAAAUUCCAACAGGAAAUCAACUGCAGACGCUUAUUGAUGAUCCAUCAAUUUAUGCUGGGAACAAAGGUCUAUGUGGACCUCCACUGCCAAACAGUUGCUCAAAUCAUCAAGAUCCCACAACAACGACAACAACAAGCAAAAAGAAACACAAAGCAGCUGAGCAGACCAGAGUAUGGUUGUUUUACGUGGACAUAAUGAGUGGUUUUGCAACAGGGUUUUGGGGUGUUAUUGGAGUUCUGUUGUUCAAGAAGCAUUGGAGACAGAAGCUUUUCAUGUUUGCUGAGGAAAUGGUAGACAAGAUAUAUGUUGGAGUCAUGGUAAGAGUUGCCAAAAUCAAGAGAGGAAGAGAAGCUGCAUAG